CGCGGAGACCGUAGAGGCCAUUACCAUCUCAUUGUCUAUACCACAACAACGCUCGCUCAUUCCUCCCAUAUCAUACCACAUCUCGCCCAGCCCCGGGAUCGCCAUCCUGGUCGCGUGGAGCCGGUCGGACGACGAGGGUGCUGUACAGCAGAACAAGAUCGCACGCUCGCUAGUUAGUGGCAGCAGAACGACGUUAUUGUCCAUCUCGCGGCCAUGUUGGGCAAGAGAAUCGAGGUCAGUCGGCCGUCUCAUCAGCAGCGCAUCGAUGAUGCACGUCGCACAGCCAUCGCCACGGUGAUGACAUUCGAGGCACCGCGCUCUCUUUGUGUGCUCACAUCACUCUGCGCGCGCUGCUGCCCGUCCAGUCAGUCUGCCUCGCUUUGGCGGGCCCGCGCCUAGAAUACGUCAUGCCACUGGGCGUGAUGGUCCCGCGUCAUUCUGGAUUCCACCUCACUCGCUCGCUCUGUCACCACUGCACCGCACUACAUACCUCACACCAUACCCAGAUCGCCGCCGCGGCACAUCCCAUUGCACUUUCGCUGCUGCACUGCACCUUCCCCCAAACUCUCGACACACGUUGCGCCGAGCAUCCCGCAGGCGCCGAUUGUUCGCGAGCACUCUCUGUCACCUACACUUCUCUCUCAUUCCUCACCUCUCCUACCUUUGCCGAGCGCCUCCCUUCGCACUGCCGCUCUCGUGAAGGAAGGACUCCUUCUCACCCUCGUGCCGACGCAGCACGCUCGACAUUCUGACCAUGUCGACGAUACAGAACCUCAAAAACUUCAUCCGCCAUGGCAAACAGGCGCGAGACGGCCGCUCGCCUCAAGAUCAGGCCACCACCCACGUCUCGAAUGUCCACGCCCAACAGCAGCGCUUCGGUCCGGGCGGCACCACGGUACAGCAAGCACACCAGAAUGUAGGCUACAGCGAUCCGAACGUCUACGAGCACAAGCCCUUGCAAGCGAACGCACCCCAGGGCGACUUCUCCGCCGCCGCUGUCGACAACCGCAACGUCGCCGCGAGAGCCGGGCAUGCUGCCGGUCAAGCCGCAGAUCAACAGCAAAAACAACAGCAAAAGCAAAAGGACUAUGACCCGCAAGUGCUGGAGCGAAUCGUCGCCGAGGAGCGGGAAAGUAAAGGCAAGAUGCCCAGAUAUCCCGGCUUGGACCGCUGGCAGCUGCUCGAGAAGAUGGGCGAUGGCGCCUUCAGUAACGUCUACCGCGCACGGGAUACACAGAACGUCUACGACCAGGUCGCCAUCAAGGUCGUCCGCAAGUUCGAGAUGAACUCCACACAGGGAGUUUUGCAUCCGGAUUACGAGAAGAAGGCUCCCAAGGGCGUCGAGAGAGCCAACAUCCUCAAAGAAGUUCAGAUCAUGCGCCAGCUCGACCAUCCCAACAUUAUCAAGCUGAUCGAUUUCUCCGAAUCCCGACAAUAUUACUACAUUGUCCUGGAACUAUGUCCGGGCGGCGAGUUGUUCCAUCAAAUUGUCCGCCUGACCUACUUCAGCGAAGACCUGUCGCGACACGUCAUCUACCAGGUGGCGAAGUCAUUACAGUACUUGCACGAAGAGGCCGGUGUCGUGCAUCGCGAUAUCAAACCAGAGAACCUUCUCUUCUACCCCAUACCCUUCAUUCCUACCAAGAAUCCCAAGCCAAAAGGCCCUGAAGACGAGGACAAGGCUGAUGAGGGCGAGUUCAUCCCCGGACAGGGCGCUGGCGGCAUCGGUGUGGUCAAGAUUGCAGAUUUCGGCCUCUCCAAGGUCAUCUGGGACAGCCAGACGAUGACGCCAUGCGGAACUGUCGGUUACACCGCGCCCGAAAUCGUCAAAGAUGAACGAUACUCCAAGAGUGUCGACAUGUGGGCACUGGGUUGCGUGUUAUACACCCUCCUCUGUGGCUUCCCACCGUUCUACGACGAGAGUAUUCAAGUUCUCACCGAGAAGGUUGCACGAGGACAAUACACCUUUUUGUCUCCAUGGUGGGAUGAUAUUUCGAAGUCUGCCCAGGAUCUCGUCUCCCACUUGCUCACCGUCGACCCGGAGAAGCGAUACGACAUCAAUCAAUUCCUCGACCACCCUUGGAUUCGAGGUGCAGUCAACGAGCCCACAUACGCUGCUGCAGAUGCCCCGCCACUGGCAACACCACUGCACGUCCGACAAGGGCAACAGUCUGCUGGAGAGAAAGGCUCGCCGCUCAAGCCUGAUUUUGCAUAUCUUGAUGAAACUCCUGGCGGUCGUCGCAUGGAUUUCCGAUCCCCUGGCGCUGUCAAUCUUCGUGAAGUCUUCGACGUUGGAUAUUCAGUCCACAGACAAGAAGAAGAGGGAAAGCGAAGAAAGAACUUCAAGCAAGGCUUCCGCGGCGGCAACUCACUCAACGCGCUGGACGAAGAAUACGCCGAUGACGACGAAUACGAAGGAGUCUCGGAGUCGUACUCGAAUUCGCAGCAUCCGCCGGCGAAGGUGCCCAAGUCGGGCGCCCCUGAUGUGGGUGGUGUGGAGAAGCAAAUGCGUAACACGAGCUUAUCAGCUGCUGCGCAGGCUCGUCAAGCCGCUGCCCCCAAAUCAAGUCAGGCACGCGGCUAUGGUCAACACUCGCCGGAAGUCGCUGCUGCCGCCAAGCGCCAAGUACGAAAUAAGGCUGGCGCAUUCGAGCUCAGUUUGGACAAUGCUACUCUCCUUGGCCGACGCAAGAAGCCUGAGCCGAGCAGUCUCAGGCAAACUGAAGUCGUGCAAUAAUUGCAUGCGAAAUCGUUCUUGCAGGUUUUACUAGCACGGAUUCGUUAGUGGUAAUGACGAUGGCAAGAAUUUCGUCCUUGUCGACAAGUUGCUCCUGUUUGCUUUUCUUCGUUUCUGUUGAAAGACAAAUCAGAGCGCGGUACUUCUCCUUUCUGCGCUCUGCUUCUAGGUCGGGUUGGUGGGCUCUCCGGCAGAGAUCAUCACUUCAUCUCACCAAUCGACGGCAUGAUGGACGGCGUUAACUGUGUUUUUGAUGCGAGAUGAAUGGAUGACGGACAGUACACGUCCGCGGGACUGGUGUUGAGACGACGGAUAUUUGAAUGAGAAAGAAGUCGAUCGGGUUCUUCCUUCUCGCAGCUCUUCUGUCGUUCCUCGAACUUGCAUGAGAAGGAGGACUGAGCCUUCGAGGAAAUCAGGUAGACAGAUAGAGAGAGAGGUAGCUUGAAAGAAGAAGAUCUCUUCCCG